AUGUCGGGGUCAGGUUCAGCGGCUGGGCAGGCGGCUUCCAGACAGCCACCUCCUGUGAAGGAGAAUGAAUAUAAAGAAAAUCAAAACAUCACUUAUCUAUCUCUGAAUCCAGUACAGACUACGCUUUUAAGAAAAACAGCUAAGGUUUAUCUUGCCCCCCUUUCACUCAGUAAUCUAGACCAAUUUAAGUACUCCGAAUUCCUGUUAGAAAAGAAUUCUGAUAAUGAAGUGGCCUGUGAAGAGUAUAAGACUAAAAUAAAGAAAACCUGUGCAAAGAUUUUAACUCCAAAGAUGAAAGCCACAUCUUCCAAGGCGGAGUCCACUCUUGAAAAAUCAUCCUUAGAUGUUUAUACUGAAAGUGACAAGCUACAAGACAAGAGCAACUCAGAUGCUGUGAUUCUCAGUGUUGAUAUGGAAAGCAGUCAGGAUGGAGAUAGUGAUGAAGAUACUACACCAGGCCUGGAUGAUUUUUCAGGAUUGUCACCAUAUGAAAGGAAGAGACUGAAGAACAUUUCAGAAAAUGCAAACUUUUUUGCUUCUCUUCAGCUAUCUGAGUCAGCUGCAAGGCUUCGUGAAAUGAUAAAGAAAAGGCAGCCUCCUGAAUCUAAGAGAAAGAAGCCUAAGAAGAGGAGAGAAGAGAUUGGGUGUAGAAGGUCGAUGAGAUUAUUAAAAGUUGAUCCUUCAGGAGGUUCAUUACCUGCAACUCCAACACAGCCAACAUUAGUAGCAGAUGAAACUCCUUUGUUACCUCCUGGGCCUCUAGAAAUGGCUCCUGAAAAUCAAAAUGACAACAAGGAACUAUUUAAAGGAUUUCUGCAGACAUGGACCACAGUGAGCAAGACAUGUAAUAAGAACACUGAGAAAGGAAUAUCUAGCAUUAAAAGCUACAAAGCUAAUUUAAAUGGCAUGGUCAUUAGUGAAGAUACUGUUUACAAAGUUACCAGAGGCCCAAUAUACUCCUUGGCUCUCCAUCCAUCAGAAACUAGAACUUUGGUAGCAGCUGGGGCCAAAUUUGGGCAAGUUGGACUUUGGGAUUUGACCCAGCAACCUAAAGAAGAUGCAGUUUAUGUUUUUCAGCCCCAUAGUCAGCCAGUGAGCUGUCUUUACUUCUCACCUGCCAAUCCAGCCCACCUAUUGUCACUGAGCUAUGAUGGCACAUUACGCUGUGGGGAUUUUUCCAGGGGCAUUUUUGAAGAGGUGUAUAGAAAUGAAAGAAGUGCCUUUUCCUCCUUUGACUUCUUGACGGAAGAUGCUUCUACUUUAAUAGUAGCACAUUGGGAUGGAAAUAUGUCAUUGGUGGAUAGACGGACACCUGGAACUUCUUAUGAGAAACUUAUUGAUUCUUCUUUGACAAAAAUAAGAACUAUUCAUGUACACCCAGUGCAUAGACAAUUUUUUGUUACUGCAGGAUUGAGGGAUAUUCAUAUUUAUGAUGCAAGGCGCUUGAAUUCCAGGGGAAGCCAGCCUGUGAUUUUUUUGACUGAACAUACAAAGAGCAUUGCUUCAGCCUAUUUUUCACCUCAUACUGGUAACAGAAUCUUGACCACAUCUGCUGAUUGUAAGCUGAGAAUCUUUGACAGCAGCUGUAUAUCCUCGCAGAUUCCACUCCUCACCACCAUCAGGCACAACACCAUCACUGGGCGAUGGCUGACCAGGUUUCAAGCUGUGUGGGACCCUAAACAAGAAGAUUGUUUCAUAAUUGCCAGCAUGGCCUAUCCACGACGGGUAGAAAUUUUCCAUGAGACAGGAAAGGGGAUACAUUCUUUUUUUGGUGGAGAAUGCCUUGUCUCCGUGUGUUCCAUCAAUGCUAUGCAUCCAACUCGGUAUAUUAUGGCUGGAGGUAAUUCCAGUGGGAAGAUACAUGUUUUUAUGAGUGACAAAAGCUGCUGAGUUUUUGUUUUGUUGAAAUUGAUCAC